AUGGGAAAGACUAGAAAAUCUGUUCGGAUAGUAAUUGUAGGAGCAGGCGCUUCAGGAAUAGCGGCAGCCACACGACUCUUAGAAAAAGGAUUUAGAAACGUUCUACUUCUGGAGGCAGAGAGUCGGGUAGGAGGACGGAUUCAAACCCUGCCAUUUGCUGAUAAUGUGGUAGAUCUGGGAGCUCAAUGGUGCCAUGGUGAACAAGAUAAUGCCGUCUACUCACUAGUAAAGAACACGAAUCUAACUGACGGCACGGGAAAUUAUUUUAAAGAUGUCAAAAAUAUACGUUCCGACAAGGAAAUUGUAAACGAUGAAGAGGCUUCAGCUUUAAAGAGAUUUCUAACAAAUUCUCUACCAAAGGAGACUGAGGAGUAUAAGGGUUCGGUGGGGCAAUGUUUGGCCGAAAAUUAUUGCAGGGGAGCAGAUCAACUUAAGGAUCCCAAACUAGCCCAAGAGAUUUUGGAAUGCUUUAAGAGAUCGCAAAGUUCUUUAGUCGGAUCUGAUAACCUGGAUGAAGUUUCGGGACGAACACAUUUGGAAUAUAAGCCAUGUGAUGGCGAUCAGUUGAUCCAUUGGCAUGACAAGGGAUUCUACAGAUUCCUACAACUUCUAAUGAAAGCAGACCCCGAGAAUAUAAAUGAUCUGGGUGUGAUCGGGGAACGACUCCUGCUAAAUAAGAAAAUUAAUAAAAUAAAUUGGGAACCUUCGGUGGAUGAGAUAAGGGUUCAUACAACAAAUGAGGAGACGUUCCUGGCCGAUUAUGUCAUUUGUACCAUGUCCUUGGGGGUCCUUAAGUAUUGUCAUAAGGAUCUGUUUCAUCCACCUUUGCCUUGUUCUAAAUUGCAAGCCAUACAAGGCUUAAAAUUGGGCACUGUGGACAAAAUCUAUUUGGAAUUUCUCUCAUUACCCGAUUCCUUUAUAGGUUUCUAUUCCCUUUGGCUAGAGGAAGAUCUGCAAGAACUACGUCAGUCAAAAAGGUUUUGGCUGGAGGGCAUAAGCGGUUGCCAUCGAGUACUCAAUCAGCCACGUAUUCUUCAAAUUUGGAUUGGUGGUGAACAUGGCCGUUAUAUGGAGACUCUUCAGGAAGCCGAAAUUCUUGAAGCUCUGCAGUGGCUUUUCCAAAAAUUUCUUAGCUUUGAUAUACCCCACCCGCAACGGAUUGUCCGCACACAAUGGCAUUCGAAUACGAAUUUCCGUGGAAGUUACAGUUUUCGUACAACUUUCGCUGAUCAAUUGGCCACGGGUCCCUGGGACUUGGAAGAACCCCUUUCGGGCUUGGAUGGGAAUCUUAAAGUGCUGUUUGCUGGUGAAGCUACCAGCCGCAAUCAUUAUUCCACUGUCCAUGGAGCUAUUGAGGCUGGUUGGCGUGAAGCAAAUCGCCUUAAUGACUUAUACUUAGAUUGA